AUGUCCCCACCCGGCUUGGUUUCCGCGUCCGCCGCGUGGCUGCGCUACGUGCGGAACAGCGCCUACUACGCCUUCUUCCGCCGCGCGCCCAGCGUCCACGAGCUGCACCGCGCGCACGUGGCCUGGGUACCAGCGGCUUCUCGCGGGCAGGUGGUUUCAAGCGAUGAGCUGCGCUCAGUGUGGCUCAUCAGGGAGUGUAUCGAUCAGGAGGCUGCCCUUCGCAUCAAGGCUUUGCUUGAGAAGCAGCACGAAGAUCUCUGGCACGGCUAUGAACUGGGCCGCCGGAUGCUCCCCUUGCACGCGGACCCGCCGCUGGAGGCCUCCGAGGCCGCACAGCUGCAGCUGGGAACGCUGGACGUCUUCGGGAGGCGACCGCCGCAGGCGUGGCCCAGGCUCCAGCAGAUGCGGGACGAAGGGCUGGCGGGCGCGGAGGAGCUCUAUUGCUUGCAACAGGUGGCGACCGAUCGACUUGGCUGGGGCCGGUGCCUCUUCGUGCAGGCGCAGCAGCUGGAGCCCGGCGCCUCGGUGAGCGCCCACCGCGACGCGCUGCCCUUCGGCGGCGACCGCAUCUCGACAGUGGUGCUGCAGGGCAGCGGCGUGGUGCGCGUGGGGCACCAGAGCUUCGAGGUCAACGCCGGAGACUUCUACGCCCUCGCCGACGAGGCGCGCUACUUCGUGGAGCACGAAGUGCAAACGGCGCCCUCCGACCGACUCAGCCUCACCUUCCGCUAUGGGCUGAGCCCGCACAGUGCCCUACCCUCCAUGGAGGGCGAGGAGCUGCGUGGUGACCGUGGCGGCGGGUCAGCCCUGCGCGACGUGUAG